UGAGGAGCUGCCAGCAAUAUUCCAUCAAUAUCGAAUAAAAACAUCAAAACAACAGCGAAAUUUUUGCUCAUUUGAAAGUAUAAUUAUCUCAGGAAAUACACACAUACUCACUGAGGUGCACCUCAAUACGACUUCAUUUAGUCAAGGGUUGUCGGCUGGCAAGUAACUUGUGGCUUUCAUGGGAAGAUGAUCUUGUAUUCUCUUACACCGUUUUUCGUUUUAAUUUUUAUUCCGCGGGCUACAGCAAAUCCUUACAAGAAUGUGCACACUUUGUUGACACCAGACGAAAGGGAGAAGAUAUUCGGGGAACCUUUUCCACAAAGUGUUCCAGAUUAUCACGUUACCCAUCCCGUUCAAGUUGACGAAAGUGCCAACUUCUUGACUCGUGACCUUUCAAAUGGAAAUCACAGAAAGCGCCGAGAUUUAGCAGGAACAAAAGGAGAACCAAUGUACUUCCACUUAUCAGCGUUUGGCCAAAACUUUCACUUGAACGUAACUUUAAAUGAUGAACUACUCUCACCCAACUUUGUGGUCGAGAUUCGAGGAAAUCAGAGUUCUCGAUUUCAUUUGGAUUUUGAACAUUGCCAUUAUACCGGCCAAGUAGUAUCUUCAAAAGGAUUAGGAACUAGAGUGGCCGUGAGUAACUGUGAUGGACUGCGAGGUUUGAUUCGUACUCCUGAGGACGUUUUUACAAUAAAUCCAUUACCCGACCGAUUAGGACUGGACAAGAACAAAACGCGAGCUCACGUGAUCCACAGAAGGUCUACCACACCCCUGGAGAGUGUGGGGAAGGCUCUCAGAGUUGAGAAACGAUCUGAAAACUGGUGUGGAGUUCAAGACGAACCAAGCCCUAAAAUGAAACGCGCAAUAUUUGAUCUGCCCGCCUCAGCGGAUUAUAGCCGGGACUUCACAAUAGAAACGCUUGUCGUUGUCGACAAAAAGAUGACAGAUUUUCAUGGAAUUGAAGAGCUCAAAGUUUAUGUGCCAAGUCUUAUAAAUAUUGUUUACAAUCUUUUAGGCGACACUUCCAUUGGAGCGAACGUAAAAUACGUCUUACAGAAGCUGCUGAUUCUGGAGCAUGAUCAGGAAGGUCUUGUGAUAAGCCCACAUGCUGGUAACACCAUGGCAAGCUUCUGUGAGUGGACUAAAAGACAAAACAUUCAGGAUGAUAACAAUCCUGAUCACUUUGAUCAUGCAGCUCUCAUCUCCAGGUACGACUUCUGCCGAAAUUCAGAUCACCAAGAGGGCCAGAGCUGCGAGAAAGUAUUAGGUCUGGCACAAGUCCAAGGAAUGUGCAGUUUAACAGGAAGCUGUACUUUGAGCAAGGAUGGAGGUCUGGGUACGGCUUAUACCAUUGCACACGAGACAGGACACAACCUCGGAGCUCAGCACGACAGUGCAGGUAACCCGUGCGCUGAUGUCAAAAACAUCAUGUCUACACGAGCCAGUGGUAAAGAAACAGCGUUUGAAUGGUCUUCGUGUAGUAGACGUUCAAUUCACGCUUUCCUAUCCGGUGAUCAUGCACAGUGCUUAAAUGACAAACCACAAAAGACCGUGGAAUUACCGCAACGGCUGCCAGGAGAGUUGUAUAACGCUGACGAUCAAUGUAAACGGACCUAUGGAGAUGAAUCGCGGGAAUGUCCAGCGCCUUUUUUGAAAGCCAAAGUUUGCGUUCAGCUGUGGUGUGUUAAACCAGAGAAUGGAAUGUGCGUAACACUACAUGAGCCUGCAGCUGAAGGCACGGAGUGUGGUCAUCAGAUGUGGUGCCGGCGAGGGAAGUGCGUCCCAUAUGGUAGCGAGGGACCUGAGGCUAUUGACGGUGGCUAUGGUCCGUGGGGAGAAUGGAGCGGCUGUUCUCAUUCGUGCGGUGGGGGACUGAUAACUAGACAGAGAAAAUGCGACAAUCCCGAGCCCAAAAACGGUGGCAAGUUGUGCUUAGAACAUUCAGAGGAGUUUCAGUACUGCAAUACACCGAAAUGUCCGGCAGGAACACCCACUCCAAGAGCAGAACAGUGUGAAUCAAAGCAACAGAUGCGAUUCAUUGAUGGUAACAAAUAUCAAUGGGCAUACAAUCCAGCAAUUCCAGUACCAGCCGGUCAGCAGUGUAAGUUAUCGUGUAUCGCUGAGGUAGGUAUUCGGCAAUUCGCCAAGUACUCAUUUGGUUUCGUGGCCGACGGAACUCGGUGUGAUGACUAUGACGAAAACAGUGGGCUUUGUGUCAAUGGAAAAUGUCAGCCACUAGGUUGUGACAAAGUUCUCGGCUCCAGUCAAAAGUUUGAUCGUUGUGGCGUAUGUGAUGGGGACGGAACUACAUGCAUUGGCAAAAGGUUAACAUAUAAAGGGUUGCCUAAUCCCAUAAAAGGACAUUAUCAGUCGAUCGCACUAAUUCCAGACGGAACGAGAAAUAUCCAAAUUAAGGAACUAAGUGGUUUCAAGAAUUACUUGGCCAUGAUGACAGUUGCCGGCGAAGAUCUACUCAACAUGGACUUCCGCAUCAAACCUCGUUCAUUCGCGUUUGUCGGCGCUGGUACAAGGUUUAAAUACGUAAGGGAUGAGAACGGAAGGGAGAGAAUAACUGCACAAGGACCCCUCAACCAAGAUGUAGAGUUGCUGUAUCUGGUUCAAUCAUGGAAGGAAGAAUACCAAGUCAGGAUUCGUUAUCUCGUCCCUCGUUUAAAGGAGGCAAACGUCGACGAUACGAGAAUUGAGCGGAGCCUUAAGCAGGACGAAGUCACUUUCCAAUGGAUAAGGCGAUCUUUGGGCUGCUCCGAGACCUGUGGUGGAGGUAUAGAGGUACGCAGACCAACCUGUGCUCGCGCUGAUGACGGAUCCAUUGUCAGUGACCACUACUGUAAGGGAGAAAAACCUGAUGAAGAGAAUUCUGAGUGCAAUAUUCGAAAAUGUCCAGCUAGAUGGAAAACUGGAGAAUGGUCCGACUGCUCCAAGACCUGCAACGAUGGAAACCCUGGGGAGAGGACGCGGGAGAUAAUGUGUGUCGAUGAAUUUCAUGAAAUCGAGACGGAAGAUUCAGAAUCUUACUGCGCAGGACCAAAACCUACCACACGAGAGCCAUGCGCAAUGCAACUCUGUCCUGCUGAGUGGGUCACACUUUCGUCAGGUCCGUGCUCCGCCGUUUGUGGUCAAGGUUUGAGAAUGAUUGAAGUAAGUUGCGUGAGGACAACCCCAUCCAACAAGAAAGUCAAAGUGUCAGAUGAAGAAUGCACUGGUCAAAAGCCUCCCAUUGCGGCCUCGUGUGAUUCUGGGAUUCCAUGUUAAUGAUUCAGGAGUCUUAGACAGAUUUGACGUUGACAGCAAUUGAGCUUAAGAAGAACAAAUUCUUAAUCGUCAACACAUGAAACCAUUAGUUUACAAAUAUUAUGUUUAGCGUUAUAAGUGUUUCAGUAUAUCUUUCUUAACAAGAAAAAGCUAAAUUACAAAAAAAGUAGCAACAAAGUAUAUAAAAUUGUUCCUCAAGGAGCUAUGAGACAAAAAUAUGGAGAACGCUACUUCAAUGAAUGAUCAUGAGUAAUAAAAAUAAGGUUGAUCUUUCAACUAUAGACAGCUUAUUGUCCAUACCAACCACGAAGAGUUAAAACGAAGACACUUUCGCUAACAAAAAAGCCAGUGAUCAUUUAAAUAAGAUCACUAUUCGAUCCAUGCUAGGAAACUGUGGCGCUACUUCAACCAACCAGGAAGUUAAUGCAAAUUGGCGCAACAUAAUGUAUUAUGGUUAACGUUGACUUAACAUUCCGCGCGCUUUGGACCACUCUUCGAUUAAACCUUUG